AUGCUAAAGCGAAGAGAGUUCCAGACCAACUUUAAGGCCAAUGAGGGUAACGCGUUGCAAGCGUGCGUUGCCUCUAUCUUAGACAAACCACUAUCGGAUGUGCCCAACUUUAUACAAUGUUCAGACUAUUGGGAAGCCAUGCUAGCUCAUGCGAAAAAGCAUGAACUGACACUUUUGAAG